AUGGGUUGUGAGAGUAAAUUAUGGUUAGUAUUUUUGUUGAUGAGUGGUGUAACAAUUGUUGUUGGGGAGCCCCAAGUGGCUUGUCUCUUCAUAUUUGGGGACUCUCUAAGUGACAGUGGAAACAACAACAAGUUAUCCACCGAUUGCAAAGCUAAUUACUUCCCUUAUGGCAUUGAUUUCCCUGAUGGCCCAACUGGAAGAUACACUAAUGGCCUCACUAUUGCUGACUUUAUCACACAACUAUUGGGAUUUGAGCAUCUUAUCCCUCCCUAUGCUAAUUAUGGUGGUUACGAUAUCAAGGAGGGUGUCAAUUAUGCAUCCGGCUCUGCGGGAAUUCGCUAUGAGACCGGAAAACAUUUGUUAACUCAGGGUGAUAAUGUGGAGUUGGAGAAGCAGCUACAAAAUCACAAGGUAAUUAUAUCAGAAAUCACUAAGCAAGUUGGAGGAAGAGUUGAGAAUGUGGAAGAAAGACUAAAAAAAUGCUUAUAUUAUGUGAACGUAGGAAGCAAUGAUUUCAUAAACAAUUAUUUCCUGCCCCAACAUUACCCUUCUAGUGCAAAGUAUUCCCCUGAAGAAUUCGCUGCGGAACUUGUGAAACAAUAUUCGCAGCAUUUAAAGGCAUUGCACCAACUUGGAGCAAGGAAGUUUGUUUUGGUUGGAUUGCACCUUCUAGGGUGCAUUCCACAUGAAAUUAUUACUCAUGGCAAAAACGACUCCCUAUGUGUUGCUGAAGUGAGUAACGCAUCACUUAUGUUUAAUAACAAGCUUGAAGCAUUGUCUCAGCAACUCAACGAACAAUUCUCUGAUUCAAAUUUCAUCUAUGUCAACACUCCUCUUAUCGCAUCUCAUAUCCCUCAAUUAAACCACCCCCGGGGUAAUCAAAUCGUCACGUAUUAUAUUAAGCACUUUAAUUAAUUAAUUAAUUAAUUGAUUUGGAUUAUUUCAGGUCAUGGAGGUAUUUUUAGAUGCUGCAAGGUAGGAUCCAAUGGACAGUGUAAAGAAGAGCAUGAACCGUGUCGGGACAGGAGCCUUCAUGCAUUCUUUGAUGACUUUCAUCCAACUGAGAUUGUCAACCGUUUCUUUGCACGUUAUUCUUAUCACUCUCCUUCUAAAUCCUACACCCUCCCAAUGGAUAUUAGUCAACUGGUUCGAUUGUAAUCUAUUACAAUUAAUUAGAUUAAUUAGUA